CCAUACAGCAGAUAACAGUACGUUGAAAAUAAAGAAGAUGGAAACUAUGUUUAUCGUGAUCUUGCUAGUAGGAUGUGUUGCUGUUGAUGCUCAUGCAGGUAUUGAUAAUGUCGAUCUGGCUGCUGUUAUUGAUUCCCUUGAUGCUGUUGGAGCACGUUCUGAUGUUGAGGAGGAUGAACUAUCUUCGUCUACGGUUGAUGCACGUAUGUAUGGAAAUAAAGAGUCAUGUGCUGUCAAAAAUGUUGCCCUCCAUAAACCGGCAAAAGCUUCCUCAACUUAUAGUCGGUACUCCCUUGCUAAUUUAGCUGUUGACGGCAACCUGGAACAGAGAUUUUCUGGCGGCUCAGGAGGAAGCAAAACGUACUGUUUUUUCUACUUGGGACACACCUCACGCUAACAAGUGGUGGUAUGUGGAUCUUCAGCAAAGAUACAUAAUAGAAAGACUGAAGUUCUAUAACCGGAUAGAUUGUUGUCAUACGUAUUCCAAUAAAUU